CGGAAAGUUCCGAGCAUUAGUGCAACGAGAACCGCACGUAAAACAACUGAAUCGAAACAAUUUUUUUUAAACAAAUUUUAGUGUUAAUUUCAUAAAAACAGACAAACAAAAUGAGGGAGAUCGUGCAUCUACAAGCCGGCCAGUGCGGUAACCAAAUUGGAGCCAAAUUUUGGGAAAUCAUUUCCGAUGAACACGGUAUCGACCCCACCGGAGCAUACCACGGAGACUCCGACCUCCAAUUGGAGAGGAUCAAUGUGUACUACAACGAGGCCUCGGGGGGCAAAUACGUCCCCAGGGCCAUUCUGGUGGACCUCGAACCGGGCACCAUGGACUCGGUCCGUUCCGGACCCUUCGGCCAAAUCUUCCGACCGGACAAUUUCGUCUUCGGACAAUCGGGAGCAGGGAACAAUUGGGCCAAGGGGCACUACACCGAGGGGGCCGAACUGGUCGACUCGGUUUUAGACGUGGUGCGUAAGGAGGCCGAGGGUUGCGACUGUUUACAAGGGUUCCAAUUGACCCACUCUUUGGGGGGCGGUACCGGGUCCGGCAUGGGCACCUUACUAAUCUCGAAGAUCCGCGAGGAGUACCCGGACAGGAUAAUGAACACUUACUCGGUGGUGCCCUCGCCGAAAGUCUCCGACACCGUUGUCGAACCGUAUAACGCGACGUUGUCGGUGCACCAACUGGUGGAGAACACCGACGAGACUUAUUGUAUCGACAACGAGGCCCUCUACGAUAUUUGCUUCAGAACUUUGAAGCUGAGCACCCCGACUUACGGGGAUCUGAACCAUUUGGUGUCGCUGACCAUGUCUGGGGUGACCACCUGUCUGAGGUUCCCCGGACAGUUGAACGCCGAUUUACGCAAGUUGGCGGUGAACAUGGUGCCGUUCCCCCGGUUGCACUUCUUCAUGCCCGGAUUUGCUCCGUUGACGUCCCGCGGGAGUCAACAGUACCGCGCGUUGACGGUACCCGAGUUGACGCAGCAGAUGUUCGACUCUAAGAAUAUGAUGGCCGCCUGCGAUCCGCGUCACGGACGGUAUUUGACUGUGGCCGCCGUAUUUAGAGGCCGCAUGUCCAUGAAAGAAGUGGACGAACAAAUGUUGAACAUCCAAAACAAGAACAGCAGCUACUUCGUCGAAUGGAUCCCGAAUAACGUGAAAACGGCGGUGUGCGACAUCCCCCCCAGGGGUCUUAAAAUGUCCGCCACCUUCAUCGGAAACUCGACGGCCAUUCAGGAAUUGUUCAAACGUAUUUCCGAACAAUUCACCGCCAUGUUCAGACGUAAGGCUUUCUUGCACUGGUACACCGGAGAAGGUAUGGAUGAAAUGGAAUUCACCGAAGCCGAGUCGAACAUGAACGAUCUAGUGGCCGAGUAUCAGCAGUAUCAAGAAGCGACCGCUGACGAGGAGGCGGAGUUUGACGAAGAUCAAGAGGGCGAAGUCGAGGAGAACUAAGCGUUUGUUUUUUUCAAUUGUUUCAUUUUUAAGACUGACUCUUGUUUUGUUUUUCUUUUAUACAUGUUUUAUAUUUUUUUUUUUAAUAAUUCGUCAAAACGAAGACCACUACACAAGAGCAUUUUUCAGUUGUUUUUUUCGGUCAUGAAUAAACACUUUUUUUAAUA